GAGUGUUUCUGCUAUAGUGCUUCAUGUAUAGACCCCCUAAUCAUCACCUGAGAAAAACAGGCUUUAUGUUAAAACACACCUACCUCUAAUGUACCGUAACACACACACUUGUGUAUCCGCACGAACACACACAUGCACACACACGCACCUCCGCCGAGGCAUUUGAAGUGCAAAAGGUCAAAGUUCAAAGGUAGCCUACCAAUGCACCGAUAGAAACAUAUGAAGAGAUGAUAAAGGCUACAUAAGAUAGAGAGAUAAGAUAACUAGGCUAAUUAUGAUAAGGAACAAUUUCAUAGGAAACAGGGAGGAGGGAAAUUAUGUGUGUGAGUGUGUCAAUGUCCAAGCUUGUGUGGUGACUGGUAUAGGCCACCAAACCACCAUCAUGUCACUGUGUGUGUGUGGUGUGUUUGCAUGCGCAAGGGAUCAACUGGCUUUGUGAGAGAUGACCUGCCUAUCUGAGAGAUCACCUGGCUUUGUGAGAGAUGACCUGGCUUUGUGAGAGAUGACCAGGCUUUCUGAGAGAUCACCUGGCUUUGUGAGAGAUAACCUGGCUUUGUGAGAGAUCACCUGGCUUUGUGAGAGAUGACCUGGCUUUGUGAGAGAUCACCUGGCUUUGUGAGAGAUCACCUGGCUUUGUCACCUGGCUUUGUGAGAGAUCACCUGGCUUUGUGAGAGAUCACCUGGCUUUGUGAGAGAUCACCUGGCUUUGUCACCUGGCUUUGUGAGAGAUCACCUGGCUUUGUGAGAGAUCACCUGGCUUUGUGAGAGUUCACCUGGCUUUGUGAGAGACCACCUGGCUUUGUGAGAGAUCACCUGGCUUUGUGAGAGAUCACCUGGCUUUGUGAGAGAUGACCUGGCUUUGUGAGAAUUCACCUGGCUUUGUGAGAGAUCACCUGGCUUUGUGAGAGAUCACCUGGCUUUGUGAGAGAUCACCUGGCUUUGUGAGAGAUCACUUGGCUUUGAGAGAGAUCACCUGGCUUUGUGAGAAAUGACCUGGCUUUGUGAGAGAUCACCUGGCUUUGUGAGAAUUCACCUGGCUUUGUGAGUGAUGACCUGGCUUUGUAAGAGAUCACUUGACUUUGUGAGAGAUCAGCUGGCUUUGUGAGAGAUCACCUGGCUUUGUGAGAGAUCACCUGGCAGUCAUGAAGUUAAGGAGAGGAGGAAAGAAGUCCAGUAAGAGUACUGGGAGAAACCUGGACAGAGACGAAGAGACAGAGAGAAACAGAGAGAUACGGAGACAGAGAGAGACAGAGACACAGGGACACAGGGAGACAAAUAGACAGCGAGAGAGAGAGACAGACAAACAGACAGACAGACAGACAGACAGACAGACAGACAGACAGACAGACAGACAGAUAUAGUGUCUGAGUGCAGCUGGCUUCAGGCCAGAGACAGUUUUGUUUUACAUCCCCACUCCCCUCCCUCCGGCACCAGUCUGUUAAUCCCUUUCAUUUACAAGCACCACUCAGCAUCACCCAGUGCAGCUCUACCUGUGAGUGUGUCUGUGUAUCAUAUGAUGAAAGCCUUUCACUAUUUGUAUGCGCGUGUGGGUGUGCGCGCAUACGUUCGUGUGUGUAUGUGCCUACUGUAUGUUUGCUUAUUUGCGAGUAUGAUAUGCCUUUCAGUAUGUGUGUGUACUGUCCCUGGUUGUCCCUGGUUGUCCACUGUGUUUCUUAACCCUUUGCUGUCCAUACGUGGUUCGAGAGGAUCAGUAUCAUGGUGAUUCUGCUCAACUGUGUCACCCUGGGGAUGUACCAGCCCUGUGAGAACAUCGACUGCACUUCAGACCGCUGCCAGAUACUACAGGCGUUUGAUGCGUUCAUCUACAUCUUCUUUGCGUUGGAGAUGGUGGUGAAGAUGGUGGCGCUGGGAAUCUUCGGGAGACGCUGUUACCUUGGCGACACCUGGAACAGACUAGACUUCUUCAUCGUCAUGUCUGGGAUGGUGGAGUACUCGUUGGACCUGCAGAACAUCAACCUCUCAGCCAUUAGGACAGUCAGGGUCCUCAGACCCCUCAAAGCCAUCAACAGAGUACCCAGUAUGCGUAUCCUGGUGAAUCUCCUCCUGGACACACUGCCCAUGCUGGGAAACGUCCUCCUGCUUUGUUUCUUCGUCUUCUUCAUCUUUGGCAUCAUCGGAGUGCAGCUGUGGGCGGGAUUACUGAGGAACCGAUGCUACCUCGAGGAAAACUUCACCCUUUCGUCAGGUCUGACCCUACCCGCUCCUUACUACCAGCCGGAGGAGGAUGACGAGCGCCCCUUCAUCUGCUCUCUGGCCCAGGAUAACGGGAUCAUGUCGUGUGGUGACGUCCCGGCCCGGAGGGAGGGGGGAAGGACCUGCUGUCUGGACAGGGAGGAUGCCUACCACCGCCAGUCCCUGGGGCUCAUCCCUGAACCACUAGUCAACAGUUCAGCCAGUGCAGUGGGUCUCUGUAUCAACUGGAACCAGUACUAUACUAGAUGCCAUACUGGACAUAAUAAUCCACACAAGGGGGCGAUCAACUUCGAUAACAUCGUAUAUGCCUGGAUUGUUAUCUUCCAGGUGAUCACCCUGGAAGGCUGGGUAGAGAUCAUGUACUAUGUAAUGGAUGCUCACUCCUUCUACAACUUCAUCUACUUCAUCUUCCUCAUCAUCAUUGGCUCGUUCUUCAUGAUCAACCUCUGUCUGGUGGUCAUCGCCACCCAGUUCAGUGAGACCAAGCAGCGGGAGCACCAGCUGAUGCAGGAGCAGCGGGCCCAGUGCCUGUCCUCCUCUACCCUGGCCAGCCUGCAUGAACCGGGGGACUGCUACGAAGAGCUCUUCCAGCUGGUCUGCCACAUGCUGCGCAAGGCCCGCAGGAGGUCUGUAGCCCUGUAUAACCAACUGAGAGGAAGGCCUCUGCCACCACCGCCCACUAGAGGGAGAGGAAGAGGAGGAGGAAGAGGAGGAGGGAGUGCGAACGGAGGGGAAAGGCAUCACCUGAGGCAGCCACGCCAAUCUCCCUGUCCUCACCAAAACAAGCUGGACCCAGUCCACAGCUCCCAACCCCUGGGCAACUCCAUCGCCCUGGCCGUCCCUCAAAACACAGAGGACUGCCCUCAGUGCACUGCGGCACUGUCACUCAGGGAGGGGCGGGAGCUGUGGGCGACUCGGCCAAUGGGGAGGAGGAGGAGGGGCUGUGGAGGAGACGGACAGGGAGGAGAACCACUUGGAGGAGAAAGUGGAAGAGGGGGAGGGAGUGAAGAAGAAGAGGAAGAGGAGGUCGUGUUUUGGACACUGUAA